CUCCCACCUGCGCCUCUCUCUCUGCAUCUCCGUCCCUGUUUUUCGCUCGCGCGCGGAACACUUUCCUCUCAGCUAUCCAAGAUGGCGGCAGCCUCGUCCAUCCCGCCGCCGAGCGUUCACUCCACCCUCGCCCGGGAUAGCGCACUUUCCCCGGAGAUGGACAGCUUCGAGAGCCGACAGCCGGAGGACGAGGAGUCGGCGGCGGCCGCUGCUGCUGCCGCGGCGGCGGCGGGGUCAGCGCAGCCCUGCGAGCCGGGGAUAAGCCUCCGAGACCUGCCGGACCUGGAGCCGGAGGAGGUCGAGCGGAGGCUGGCCAAAACCCGCCUGGAACUGAGCAACAGGAGGAAAAUCCUCAUAAAGAACCUGCCGCCGGACACCACCAACCAGGAAGUCCAUGAAAUUCUGAAAGGCUACGAGUUGAAGUACUGCUUUGUGGACCGCAACAAAGGCACAGCUUUUGUGACUUUGCUGAACGGGGACCAGGCUCAGGAUGCCAUCCGCUCCCUCCACCACAGCACUGUCCGAGGACGCCUGAUCAACGUCACCCUUCAGCCGACCGACUCCCUGCUUUGYCUCACCAACCUGCCGCACACCUUCACCGCGCAGCAGUUCGAGGAGCUGGUGCGCCUGUACGGAAACAUCGAGCGCUACUUCCUGGUGUACAGCGAGCUGAGCGGCCACUCCAAAGGGUAUGGGUUUGUCGAGUACAUGAAGAAGGACUCCGCUUCACGGGCCCGCUCGGAGCUUCUGGGUCGACCGCUGGGGGAUCGCUCCCUGAUGGUGCAGUGGAUGGAUGUCAACCAGCUGAGCCAAGAGGAGAACCUGCACUCAAAGUGUCUGUGUGUGGACCGCCUGCCGUUGGACCUCUGUGACUCUGAGGAACUCACGCAGAUCUUCUCGGAGACGUAUAAACCCAUYUUCUGCCAGCUUGCUCAGAAUGAAGGCAGUCCAGUUCGAGGCUUCGGCGUGGUGGAGUACGAGACGGCUGAACAGGCCGAGGCGGUGCUGAUAGAGAUGGACCGGACUCUGGUGGGAGGACAGGAGGUCCGUCUGUCGCUCUGUACCCCCGGCACCUCAGGGAGAAGCACCCUGGCUGCGCUCAUCGCUGCCCAGGGCAUGAUCUUGAGUAACAGAAAAGGUUUGUUACCAGAACCAAACCUGGCUCAGCUGUUGACCAGUAUGACCAAUCCAGCUGCUUUGCAGAUCCUCAUGAGACCGUACCACAGUGGGAAGAGAGGAGGAAAAUACGGGCGUAACAGCAGCCUGCCGUUCCUCAGACCUCCUCUCACUUCAGCUCUGCUCACGCUGGGGAAAGCUCACCAGAACGCUAUGGUUGGUAAUGGACUCGUCCUUCAGAACCUCCUGCACAUGCAGCUGGCACAGCAGCAGCUCCUACACAUCAAAGACAAACGCAUCAGCAGCGUCUCCAGUCUGCUCGGGGACCCGUCCAGGCUGCUGAUGCAGAAAGCUUUGUCUCUACGGCCUCCAGGCCUCUUGCCUCUGGGGAAAGGCCUCCUGGGAGACUCUCCCACAGGUAAACAACGGUCAGAGUUCUUUAUUGGGCGAGCCUCCUAAAGAAGUCAGACUCCCCUCCAACCCUUACUUAAACUUGGCCAGUGUAAUGCCGGGUGUUAUUCUGCAAGGCUCAGUGGGGAACAAGCCUCAGGGGGGACAGCCUGGAACCGGAGUGUACGGCAGCCCAGUUGCUCCGGUGGUCUCCCAGGGUUCUGGUCCUUUCCCCCACAGCGCCGCGGCCACGACCCCCGCCCCRUACACCUCUGACACCUCCGCUGACUUCACCCAGUACAACCAGGCGUACACACAGGACGCCAUGCAGCAGUGGUACCAGCAAUACCAGGCAGCACAAGCUCACACUUACAGCACUGCAGCUCCGCAGGACAACACGGCCGCAGAUUACAACAAGGAACACACCCAGGAAGUAGAUGUUUGUAAGCCUCUGGGAGUCCCUCUGCACGCCGUCAGCAACAGUCCAGCUCCUCCUCCGGCGGUUUUACCAGCCGCCGCCGUGCUCCCAGCCUACAGCACCCUGCCUCUAAUGCCCGGCUUCCUGGGGACGCCUCACCCGCCGGCAGCCACGCCGAGCCCCGUCACGCACACCCACACCGCAGCCACCGACUGGAACACGUACUACUACAACCAGACGAGGGGCCUUAAGAGGGAGUACCCUCAGCUCGCGGUGCCCGAGGCGCCGUCAUCGGAGGGGGCCUACAUCGGGCAGCACUCCCAGGGCCUGGGGGGUCAGUACGCUGACUACUUCAAAAGGAAGAGGCUGUAGAACCAAACAGAACCAGCCCUGCAGCUUAGAUAGUGGGCGGGGUGCAAACAGCCGGAUGUCAAUGGUUCCCCCUUGUGGCCUUUCUGCGGCGGCCAUGUUUGCUUCCCUGCAGAAGGUCAGGGCUGCAAGUGGCUGAAGUGAAACCAAGCCAUAGUGCUCUUUGAUCUUUCUUACACACACAAACACGGUGUCGCUUUUGUCCUGUUCAAGCCUUAACUAUUUCACUUUGUUUCUCAGUCUGUACUUAAUGUACAUUUUUUUCUAAUAUAUUGUAUACUAAAGUAUAAUAUAUCUGUAUGUACAAGCUGCUUUUAUAUUUGCAGGCAGCUGGUCCUUUUCACCUUUUUUUUUGUUUUUUGUUUUUUUUUUCCUUCCCAGAAUCCUGUCUGAUGUCACACACACACUCGCUUUGAUCGUCAAACUGCUUCACUGCCUUUUAUUACCCAGGUUCCUCUUUGAAUCUUCCUGCUGAGAAUUAGAGCGCGUCUCUUUAUAUGUGCGCGUGUGUGUGUGUGUUGUAUCUGUAGGAAGUGUCAGCCAUUUCUCUCCCAACGUUUGGGAGCACAUCAGGAAAAAAAAAACGGGGGGAUCUAAACCGAAUAAAGCCCUUGAUUAUGGUGACUUACAAUAGCUUCCCUUAACGAACCGACUUUUUUUUAAGAAAAAGAAAAAGCUGUGUAAAUACUGCAGUGUAACAUAGACUAUAUGAAGCCAUGCGUAUCGGACAAUAAUAAAUAAAACAAUGAGCGUUUCCAUGCUCUGUUUUUGAUUGUGCUGUACUACAAGAGUAGAGAAAAUAUUAAAUGUCAGAUUCUUUUUUUUGUCAAUCUA